AUGGUAUCCGACCAAGAAACAUCAAAUACUUUAGAUAAUUAUUUUAAACAUGAAAAUGAUGAUAUAUAUGAAAUUUCAUCAAUUACACCAGAAUUGUCAAAUAACAAAAGAAAACAUGCUGGUGAUAGACCAUUGUUCACAAUUGUCGCUGAUACUGAUAGUGGUAGUAAUUCCACUGAUGAAGGAACUACAACAGCAUAUAUAACUAACGACGCAACUUCUAAAAAACCAGCUUCUACAACCGCAGCAGCUUCUACUACUUCUGUUUCUUUCCCAUCAUCAUUUUAUCCAUUUAAAUGCCCUGCAUGUUCAAAAGGGUUCGUUUACAAAAAUGCAAUAAAACGACACAAAAAACAAGAACAUCCAAAUAAAGAAUUACCUAUAUUAUACUGCUGCCAAAAUUGUUCAGGAGAAUUCCGUUCGAAAAUCGGUUUUUUAAAACACAAAUUUGAAAAACAUCCCGAACUAAAAAAUUACACGAUUUAUAAAUGCACAAAAUGUUCCGAAAUAUUUUGUACUAAAAAAAAACUACAAAGACAUACAUCAAAAAAACAUUCAGCAGGAAAAGAUGAACUCCCCAAAAAAUCUUGUCCACAAAAUCAACAAAAUAUGCAAGUAACUAAUCACCAAAAUAUUAAAUAUUGUUUAACAAAAACUAAUGCUCAAGAUUGUAGGAGCCAAAACAAUAGGCAUUGUGAUAUAUGCAAAAUUGAAUUCAGAGAAUCUGUUGAAAUUCAUUUUAAGCUCGAACACGGAAUCUUUGAAUGUAAAUUUUGUUAUACAGAAAUUAUUGGAAUUGUUCAAUUUGAACAACAUUUAGAAUUUAAACAUAAUGAUGUGGAAGCAGACAAAAGAUUUUAUGAGCUGAACGAACAAUUAAAGGCACCACCAAAAGUUCCCAGUUAUUUUUGUACAAUGUGUCAACAAGUUUUCUUGACCAUUGAUAAAUAUAAUAAUCAU